GCACUGCUCUUAUUGCAAUUCAUUCGCUCCGUUGUCCUCCUACGACAACUAUCAAAAUGCUCGUCCAAUCUACCAUCAUCGCUCUUCUGGCUUCGGCCGCCCUCGUUGCAGGUGCAGCCUUCCCAGGCGAUCAUGACAAGUACAAGACCACUUGCAAGGCAGAGUACAAGACAAAGACCAGGGUAGAUCAUUACAAGAGCACAUACUACGAGACCAAGACGAAGAACGAGCCCUACGUGACCUACACCACCAAGACAUACGUCACCAAAACUGAUGUACCGUAUACCACCACCAAAUACGAGACAAACACCAAAUACAUCACCAAAACCGAAUACGAGACGAAGAAAGUUCCCGUCACCAUCGUCACCCAUACCUUCAGCACGGAGAAGAAGUACAAGACCGACAAGUCCACCUACGUCGAGAGCAAGACCUCGAAGGGUUACAGCCACAAACCCAUCACAAAGACCGAGACUCGCCCCUACACCACCACCAAGACCUACUAUGAGACCAAGACGAGGGAGACCAAGGUGCCCACCACGAAGUACGAGACGAAGACAGAGCAGAAGUGCACAACUAUUAAGUGCGACUCCAAGUACGGCUGCGGGUACUGAGCGGUUCCUCAAUUGGUGCCAUACGUCCUACUUUGUUAUGUUGUCCUGCAGCGGCACGUAGCAUCACGAUGGGUGGGCUCGGAUCUUCGUCUAACUCGAAUCACUCCUUAUGACUUGACGAGAUUAUGAUAGCGAUGAAGUCUGGAU